GGAGAGAAACGCACACGGUGGCUUAAGGCGGCAAUACGAACGGCCGCGUUGCCCUGAUUGGUCCGCCUUUGAUUCUCUCAUAGAUCUGAUGGAAGCGUCGAGUCGUUGGUACGAGGCGUACGAGGAGUCCACCGACUGGCUGACCCAUCAGACGGUCACCCUCUUCCAUCCCCAGCUCGUCCACAUCUCGCCCCGCCCAACAGAGACCUGGCCCCUCGUACCUCUGCGCCACGCCUUUCUCAUCGCACUCGCCUACAUCGCAUGGGCGGUGUUCGGCGUUUUGCUCAAGGUCAGCCGCAGGAGGCAUGGCGAUAAGGGAGCCGGGGAGAGUGAGGAGAAAGAUGGCGAGUAUGCGGCGACGGGCGGCGACGGGCUGGGGCGGAAAUUCGCGCGUGAGCCGCUGCUGCUGUUGCAGGCGGUGUAUGACGUUGUCCAGGUGAGAACGACGGGAUGCAAUGCGUCCACAGAUCUGUCGGCUUGUGUGUGUGUGUGUGUGUGGCACAGGUAGGUUUGUGCAGCGUGAUGCUGUUUCAGACCAUCGAUGUGUGCUGGCGGGAGGGAUACAAAUUCUACCAAAACCCGUUCAGGACUCACGGAGCCGGUCAGCACGCCACAGAGAGAGAAGGAGCGAGGGAAGCACACACAGCCACACUCGCACGCACACCUACCUCUGUGUCUGUGUGUGCUGUCUGUCUGGGCGCAGGGUUGGCGCCUGUCCUCUGGCUCUUCUACGUGUAAGUAAGCGUGCAUUCAUUGAGUGAGUGCAUCGACCCGCCCAUGGGCUCUCUUCUCACCGCCCACUGUCCUUCCCUCCCUUCUCCUUUUGUUGCUUUCAUGGUGCCUGCCUGCCUGCAGGUCCAAGGUGGUAGAUUUCUUUGACACGGUGUUCAUAGUGGUGCGCGGCAAGUGGCGGCAGCUGAGCUUCAUCCACGUCUACCACCACCUGAUGACAUUCGUCGUCUACUGGAUCAGCGUGCAAACCGCAUACGACUCGGACAUCUACCUAACCAUCGCUGCCAAGUCAGUCAGUCAGUCCGUCUGUCAGUUAGCCAGUCUGUCUGCCACGCACCCACCCACCGAUCGACAGACAGACAGACAGACAGGGAGAGAGGGAUGGGGGCAUGGGAUGCUUAUGGUAUGGUGUGGUGUGGUGUGCAGUUCGUUUGUGCACGUGGUCAUGUAUUUCUACUACCUCAUGCGCACCCUCGAUGUGCCCGUCCCCCGAGUCAUCAAGAAAAACAUCACCAACCUGCAAAUACUGCAGGUCAGUGAGUCGAGUCGACCGCUGAGCUGACACUUCGGCCGUCGACACGCACACGCACACGCUGUCAUCUCGCCCUCUGUGUGAACCGGUCGGUGUGCUAUCUGUCUAUCUGUCGUCGAUAUAUCAGUUCAUCAUGAUGGAGGUGCAGGGGUUCUCGAUGCUGGUCUUCGGCACGCCUUUCCCCAUCCGCGUGUGCCUCCUCUACUGCAGCUACGUCGGCACACUCCUGGUCCUCUUCGUGGACUUUGCCGUCCGCACAUAUGGUAGGUAGGUACGGCCAGCCGAGCCGCCCCGCGCCCAGCCAGCCAGACAGACAGCCACGGAGUGCAUUCAUUCAUCAGACAGACAGACAGACUGGCAUAGAUGGACGUACGUUUGUUUCCAUCAGGUCCCCGAAAGCCGAAAAAGAUCGACAAGGCCGAGUGAGGUGCUGUGCUGCCUACCUGUUGCUCGUGACGUGACGUGACGUGCUUAGGGGGAGAGGAACAC